AUGACGAACAGCGUUGGUGAGGCGGUCGACUAUCUUGUUAUGCCUGGUGGUGAUUGCUGGCAUGUUGGGGGUUCAAUGACAGAGGACAUGGGGAAGGGUUUUAUCUUGGUCGCAGUGGCAACAGGUCGGGCUUGUGUCAGACCAGCGAUGUUUUACAGCGUUGAUGGGCAGGCAAUUGAGGUGAGCACGAUGGAUAAAUCACCAGUCCUUGAAGCGCAUGUUGAGGCCUGUGUAGUGCCAUUUGGAGCCAUUUCCAAACUUAUCAUUAGAAAGGGAGCGCGGAACUUUGCCCUGGUAACGGAGGUCACGAAGGGAUUUCGCAGAGUUCUCACGUUCAAGGUUAUGGAGGAAGCAGCAAACAUCUUUCGGGGCAACUUCGUCAGCAUAAUCAGAAGCAGAGAUGGAGGGUGA